GGCCGCCGCAGCGCCUCGCGUUGCCCUGGCAACCGCCCAGGCCUUCCGGCGGGGGCCGGAACCGGAGGCCCCGCGGGCGCCAUGGCGGCGGGGCUGGGGCUGAGGCUGCUGCCGGGGCCGAGGCUGCCGCCGGCCGCCACCGCCCUCACGCUGCUGCUGUCCAUCGGCCUCUCCGCCCCGGCGCUGCUGCGGGGCCCGGCCGCCGCCCGCUCCGCCGCCUCGCUGCGGGCCGCUGCCCUGCGUGCGGGGGAAGUUCACAGGCUGCUCACCUACAUCUUCCUCUACGAGGACCUGCCGUCCUUGGCCUGCGGUGCUGCGAUCGUCUGGCACUUCGCUGGCAGCUUCGAGAGGAGCGUUGGCACGGCGAAGCACUGCUUCCUCACCAGCACCUUCGCCAUCCUCGCCGCCCUCCUCUGCCUCUUGCUCCAGACCUUGGUCUCGAGGCUGUCAGAGGUGGAGGAUGCCAAAGGGUUCCUGCCAGUGGCCUUUGCCACCCUGGGGGUGAGCACCACACGCUCGCAGAUGAAGAGGUCUCUGGUGUGUGGGGUUCGAGUUCCAGUGAUGCUGGUGCCCUGGUUCCUGCUCUGCCUGGCCUGCUUUGUGCCCAGCUCUUCUCUCCUGAGCAACCUCUGUGGGCUCCUCACAGGGACACUCUAUGGUCUUGGCUACUGCUCCUGCUUGGAUUUCUCAGAGCCAGUGGCCUCCAAGCUGGACCAGAUGUUGCCUUUCAGCCUGCUGAGGAGGAUACCAGGGCUGAGGUACAUCCCAGGGUCCUCAGCAGAGAGAAGAGCCUUUGAAAGCUGCAAGCUUAUCCCCACGCCCGGCACCUACCCCACCCAGAGCUAUCACUGCUCCUCCUCUCCAGCUCUUCCUGCUUCCGAGGUGCACGUUCCAGGAUGCAGCCCAGCUCUGGGGCAGGAAGCAUCUCAGCAGGUCCAUGCUGCAGGAUACAGCCUGGCUGCAGUCAGCCCGGGCAGUGCUGGAGCCCACCCUGGGCAGUGGUGCCAGCAGGCUGGGUUCCCUCCCCAGCAGCUCCUGUGCCUGCCUCAGCCACAGGCACCCGCAGGCCUGGGCCUCCUGGCUGGGGUUCAGCAGGUGUCAGGGUGUCCAGCAGCCACAGUGGCUUCUGUGCCAGCAGAAGUGCCCAGAGUGCAGGUGUACUGACCCUCCAGAAAGCAGUGGGACUCUCACACUGUGGUGGGACCAUUCUGUGGUGCUAAACUCCAGCAGCUGCUCCAUCACUCACUGACCCCUCCCCAGGGAUCAGCAAAAAAGAGAAGAUAGAAUCCAAGAACCAGAGAAUUGUUGCUGUUGGAAGAGACCUCCAGGAUCAUCCAGUCCAACCUUCAACCCAACACCACCAUGGCCAUUAAACCCUGUCCUCACAUGCCAUGGCCACAGGUUCCUUGAACAUCUCCAGGGAUGGGAACUCCACUGCCUGCCUGGGCAGCCUCUUUCAAUCCCUGACUGCUCUUGCAGGGGAGAAAUCUUUCCUCAUCUUCACCUAAUCCUUCCCUGGCACAAUUCCAAGCCAGAUCCUCAUGGGGUGAGAAGGAUUUAAGGAGGCAGCCAAACUAAUCCCAAUCUGAACUGUACAGAGUAAGCCAAAUAAACAUGCAGUGCUCACGACAAA